CUUUGAAUCGCGCGAUUUGAGGCAUUUGCUCGGUGUCGAGUCCGCCGGGAAUCUGUUCCAGGCGCUCCUCCUCCUCGUGAACCCGCGAGGACCACACAUCGCCGCCGUGUUGGACGGCUUCGUGACCAUGAUCCUGCGUAUCCACGAGAGCGCGCCGCCGAGUUUCAAAAAGCUCAUUUCCGACGAAGAAACUGAAGUGGACGACCCGCCGGAGCAGGGGGUCAGCGGCGACAACAAAGUGUCCAAGAUUCAGGCCGUGAUCCAUCAGGAGCUGCUUCACGCACUGACCGGGGCCCAGGAGUGGGCGGACUUCGGGCGAGCAACUGUCAACCAUACACAAACUUUCCUUCACGUCCUAACGACUCUGCACUACAACCAGGAGGGAGGACCCGCGCCGGAGGGGAGAGGUGGAGCAGCAAAAAGUACAAGAACUUCGGCUAACAAAACAGAAGAUGUUGGGAAUGAAGUGACUGAUGAUUAUUCCAGUAGUCCUCGUGCCGGGACUUCUGUGGGUCAAGCGCGGCCGGCGUCUUUUCUUGACGAAAGGAAGCUGCAACAUCAACUGAGAGUUUUUACACACAAAAACGGCCACGAACGCCGGCAGAGCAUCGGCAUUUCAGUGGCUUCAUCCGCUUCUUCGGCGAAAGCAUCAAAAACAGAAAGUGCAAAGCCUGGUGGUGAAGAUCUUGCGCCGAAGACCGAAAUGCAGAAGUUCUUGGACCUCGCAAAAAUGGUUAGCAAAGCCGCCGGGGUUUCCACCGAGACGGAGCGCACGCCGGAGCGAAUUGAUUUCCUCUACGUGGUGGGACGCACGACGAAGUUCAUGCUUCUGGCCGCCGCGGCGAUCGACGUGAUGAAGUAUCUUGGCGGGGCGCUGGGCGUCGGGGCGCUCACCGCCGCGGGCGGGGUGCUGGCGAGCUUCAUGCUGAAGCUGUUCUACAUGCAGUCGCCGACCGAGCUGCUCCACGCCGCAGCCGAGGACAUCACCUCCGGUGACUCCUUAGAGACGACGGUGGACGGGGCGAAGAGCGUGAACGAGUGGAUCGGGGGCCUCAGCAGCUUUAUUCCAGUGAAAAAUCACCCCUCCCGCCCUUGAGUACUCAAGCGGAGAUUUGUGUAGCAUGAUUUGUGAUUACAAAUCACGUUGUCAUGCUAGAACAGAAGAGGUUCUGAGCAGAGCCUGUGGUGCUGGCUGGCGUGGGAAAGCCUUGCUGCGCCUUCAGCAUGACAGGAAGCAACUCGAAGCGGGGAACAGCAUCACAAAUUGCCUGCAAGCGAGGCCGCAGCGGCGUCUUUUGGCCUUCUAGCAAUACAAAUCAACAUGUGUGCGCGAUCCUAGCAUUACAAAUUUUCUUUUCGUUAUGGGGAGCUGGGAUUUUUCCGCAGAAUAUGCUUCUCCGGGGCCGCGGUGCCGGCGUUGUCCGUGUGGACGUGGUAUGCAUCGCAAAAGUAUCGUACUAGUAAAAAUUGCAUUACAAAUUGAUAUUGAGAUUGACAUAGCAUUACAAAUUGAAUUUGUACUGCGGAUUUGCCUUUAAGAAAAAGAUUUGUAAUGCGUAAACGCAAUUACAAUUUGUACGAUACUUUUGCACUGCAUUUGUGCCGGUUCACGCCCUUCUCGAUUCUGGUGCAGGCCACCAAAGCCAUGACCGGGGUGGCGAGUGUGGCCAAGGAAAACACCUUUACCGUGGAGGAGAUGCAGCACUUUCGCGACACGCACGGCCCUAUCAAAUGUAAAAAUGUCUGGGUCUGGAAGAUUGCGAGAUUUGUCAUGCUUGUCUGGCAUGACCAAAAAGCUUGCGAUGCGUAUCCAAGAAGAGACCCUUUCGCCUGUCAUGCAAAAACGCAGUUUGUCAUGCGAAAAACGCGACACAAAGAAGCGCAGAUAUUUCUCAUGCUUGGCUGUGCAUUACAGAGCAUCAGCAUUCAUUAUUCCCAACGCAGCAUUACAAGUGUCCAGCUCCAGACCCAGACAUUUUUGCAAUCCAUAGGCCCGCUCAGUUUCAUCAACUACGACGCGUGGCGCUUCGAAAACGGCCAUGCGGAAGAUGAGGAGGGUGUUGACGCAACAGGGUCAACAUCAACACUCUCGUCGUUCGACAGCGCCGGCGACGUGGGCCUUGCAGCCUCCUGGGCCGGCGCGGAGCCCGCAGAUCACCAGUCGGCCGAAAUUUGGCCCGACUAUGAUUCGGCGCAAGACAAAGACAACCAUGAGGCUGCGAAUAGAAGUGGUCGUAAUGUUGUUGUAGCCGAAACAAAGAGCUUCUAUAUGCCGUCGAGCGCCCGAGCCGUCAUGAAGUUGAAGAAGGAGACAAAACUGGCUCCGGAGGCUCUUGCCAGCAUCUCCUCACUCGUGGAGCAGGCGACCCACCCGCUCUUGCUCAAAACUGUGGUGAAGUCCAAUUGCAAGAACGAUCCGGUGGCGGAGCUGCAAAGGCAAACAGCUGCUCCGGAGGUGGACCAAAGGAAGAGCAGCGGUAUCAUGCCCGGCGCUCAUGAGCAUGUUGCCAGCACUCAACAGGGUAUUACAAACACCGCGCGUCGCCCGCCGCCCUACAACGCAGACUUCGACGGCGGGUGGUGCACGGUGGAUCUGAAUGAGUGGCAGGGCACCUGUUUACUGAAAAUAUCCAAGUGGGCGAUUCAAGGCGUGCCCGGUUGGGGCCAGCUGAAUGAAAUGCCUGCGUAUCUGGGAAGGGAACGAAAUGGUAUUCAACGGUCUUCGUCUUCCUCUUCGCAGCAGGCAGUCGUGGCCGGGACGACGAACAAGCAUCAAAAUGUUGCAGUGUCCACGGCCAGCCCAAAUACGGGAGAAGAACAAAGUAGAGACGAAGAAGAACAAAAAAGGUCUGCAUCCUCUGAAACUGCAAUGCGCGGUAGCAAGCAUGAGGAUGAACAAGAUCAAGAUGAGGAGAUCAGCAAGAAUAAUUACCGAUCCUUUUUCGCCCUGCGUGCGUUUUAUAUGGAGAGAAAAAAGUUUGUCACAGUCAUUAACAAGCAGGUUUUGCAUUACAAAUUUUUUUAGCAUCACAGCUUGUCCUUGUAUUGCAGAAACACUAGGGAAAUCCCUUAUGAAAUGUGGCUGUGAUGCAUUUUUACGCAUAACAGAAAAUUUUGUAUUGCGAAAAUGCGCAUGAGUGAUCGUGACGAACUUUUUUUCUUUGAUAUUUUAUUGGCGAACGCUAAAAUCUUUCGUCGGGCACCCGUCGAUAUCAAAAGAAAAAAUCCCCCCUCCCCAUAUCGAAAACGAAAUUUGUGAUGCUGUAUUUGAGUACACAAAUCGACUUGUAAUGCUAGAAGGCCAAGAGACGCAGCUGUGGCCUCGUUUGCAGGCAAUUUGUCAUGCUGUUUCCCAAUUCCAGCUGCCCCCUGUCAUGCUGAAGAUGCAAGGCUUUCCCACGCCAACUAGCACUACAGUCCGCAUCUUUUCCCUUCUAGCAUGACAAAGUUGAUUUGUGACCACAAAUCUGUAUCACAAAUUUCUAGUUUGAGUAUGGGGUGGGGGGAUUUUUCAUUUUGAUAGUCGAGCCCGGGACAUUUUGGGUUGCGGUUUCCGGAAUUGCCGGCAAACAUCACGGCUCGGGAAGCGAUUUCGGCACUGGCGACCGCGUUUCUCGAGCUGGAGCCGGCGGAGCGACUGCGACUGCACGCAAAAUUGGCAAAGACCGAGAAACAAAACAACGACUUCGCUGUGGAGCACUAUGGAUUUUUCGAACUGGAUGCCAUCGCCCGGUACUUUCCGCCGAAGAACGCUGGUAACACGUCGACCAGUGAAGUAGAUCUGGAAGUAGAUCAUCAUCGUUAUGGCGUUCUCAACUGUUACAUUCUCAACUGUUACAUGAAUUUGUGAUGCAAGAAUGGCAAAACUGAAAGGGCGAAGAUUGCGCCUGUUGCAUGACAGAUUUGGCGCAGCUUCUCAUCCUGUGUGUCCCUUCGGAAAUUUGUCAUGCGAAGCAGCUUGAUCGCAUCGAUUCUGAUUGGAAUUUUGCAUGACAAAUCAUGUAACAGUUGAGAAUGUAACAUUUGCGAACGCCAUAAUCGUCCAGGUGAACGAGAAAGCGCAGACCAAGAACGACGUGCGGGAUCUUCGAAGAAGCAGGAUAGGAAAACGACAGAACAGGAAAAAGUUGAAAAUCUACAAGCUGCGACCAGAGCCCGGCUGCUGGAAAUAUUUCCCGAUGCGGUAGAGAUCUGUGUCAGCGAGGAAAGAGAGCACGAAUUUCGCAAGGAACUGAAGGAAAAGCGGUUCGCCGCGAUUACUCGGGGACCGGGCGCAAAGAUGUUCAAUGUAGGGGAGUAUGUCCUGUGAAUGGACAUGUCUUCAUCUGGGUGCAGCUCUGGAAUAAAGAAGGCGUUGCAAUAUUAAUCUCUUGAUGUUGCUCUUGCGCAUUUCUUGAGAUCGCACAAAUGUAUGACCUCAUCCUCAUGUAUUGGGUUGGCAGCAGAGGUUGGCGCUGCACAGUUCUUAUGACUGAAAGAAGGGACUCUACUAUGUAAUCCUUGUAAGUAUGUACGGGAUCAAUCAUAGGUGCAUUUCAAAAGAACUUGUCCCGCAAUCGAGGCUGUAUAAAUUGUCGGGCUUGAAGAUGAUGUUCCACUUCCAUCAAAAGUGUCUCUAGAGCUGCUGUGUGUGGGCCACACGCGAAGUAAAACUGCUCGAGCAACACAAGCAGCUGUAGCUCUACUCAGGAGCCAGACACCCAGAUGACAGCAUUUUUCGAGUCAAUACAGACGCGGUCACGGUGUGUGGGCUGCCACGGAACCACCCGCGGAUCGCUUUUCUCGACUUUGCGCAGGGGCAGCUGCGGGGGAAGAAAGUUCUCGCGAAACGGGGGAAAAUCUUGUGGCUGAUCUGGUUCAGCCCCACCGACAUGUGGUGGGUCGACCAGCGCUACCUCCGGAAAGUGUUUGCCACCACGGAGUGGCCCAACAGUGAUGUGUAAGGAACGCCAAAAAGUGUAAGUUGAGUACAGUUCUUCUCUAGGCACUUUAAUAUGUCGCAGGAGAGCAAACAACCAAAAAGUGUACAGACAGGCUCUACUCGAGCCUAGCUCCCUUUUGAGGAUCUCCGCAUAAUCGCAAAUGUAGUUUGCAUUUCUUGCCAUGCAGGCCAAGAAGUCUAUCUUGUGUUUCUGCAUGAUCAUCUACAUCUGCAAAGUGUGUAAAGUAAGCAGCCGGGAAGAACAUCAAACACUUUUUUCUGUGCGAUAAUAUGUGCGAGACGAAGACGAGUGGGACGGACCAAGUCGCGUCGACCGUGCGGAACUCCGAUGUUGCCUACGUAAAAAACAACCUAGACGACGCAGUUUUGUUUACUGCAAGUGCAACCGGAAAUAGAACCGCCCCGGGUGAAGGUGAUCUUCAUGAAAAUCAGAAAUCGCCCAAGCAGAUUGCCUCAGACGUGCUAUUCCGGCAGAGGAGCAGUCGGGCUCGGGCAGCCGAAGGUACUAAUAGAGGGGAAGUGCAAAGUCAAAGAGGUGCUCGGUACAGUCGAAAGAACUCUACUUCGACGACGGCCAGUGGAACAAAUAGGAGUGCAAGUGACCGCAAGUGGUCCACCUCCACCAGCGCCAGUGCGUCGUCAUCUUUUACCGAGCUUGGACGUCGUGGGGGUGGUGUUCUGAGUUUUGAAGUGACGCAUGAUGCUGGGGAUGCAGAUGGGGAUGUCCCCACUUAGAGGUUGGGAAGAUGAACAGAAACUCCUGCAAGUGGAACAGAGCUGAUAGAUUUGCGAUCAUGUCGAUCCUGUAUAGUUAGAAUAAAAUGCUCGCUGCUGAAGCUAUUGCGUUCCCCAAUCGACACGUAGUUGUCCGCCC